AUGCCAGAAACAUCAAUUUCUCUGGAUCUAGAACAUAGGCAGCAGGAUGAAAUUAGUAGUAUAUCAUCAAUAUAUGGUGAUAUAUUUAAAGAUAUCACCCCUAAAGGAUUAGUUUGGAAUAAAAAACCAAGUCCGCAUUUCCAAGUAUUUUUAUCAUCGUCAAACAACCCAGAUCGACCGACUGUUUCCAUCACAUUAGAUAUAGAAUUCACUCCAACAUAUCCUCUAUCACCACCAAAAGUAAAACUAAUAAAUGCUCGUAAUUUACUUAAAGUCAAUAUUUCCAAAUUAGAGAAAAAAUGCAAAGAUUUAAUUAAAGAAUAUCCUGAACAAGAAGUUUCCUUUACUAUUAUUUCUGAAUUGAUCUUUAUGUUAGAUGAAAUACAAACAACAACUGAAAAAGUAUUAUCUUUAGAAGAAGAAAGAGAAUUAAGAUUAAGAAAUGAAAGAAAAGCAUUAGAGGAAAAAGAGGCAAAACAGAAAAAGGAUGAAGAAUUGGCUAGAAAGAAACAAAAUAAAGAAUUGAAUGAACAAAUUCAAAAAAUUCAAGGUGAAUUUAAUGAUUUUACUGAUGAUCAAGAUUUAGAAAUAUCAACUGAUUCUUUAAUUCCUUUUGAUAAAGAUCAAUUUUUCAUUUUUGAAAAUGCAAUGGAAGCAACAAUCCCUAAUACAAGACGUAAAUUCAAAUUUCGUGCUGUACUGGGAUUUAUCAAAUAUAAUCAAAAGGGGAUUUUCAAUUCAAUUGGAUUACAAUAUAUUGUCAAACCUUUUAUUGAUAACGAAAUGCGGAAUAAAAUUGAAAAUAAUGGUGCUGAUUUAGCAUUUUUAUUAACUGUGAUUGAUUUGAAUAAUGAGUAUUGGCGAUAUACUGAAGAUGGGAAACGAGAAAUUCAGGAUUUGGAAUCAGAAUUACAAUCAAUCAUGAAUAUUAAUCAUAGCAAUAUAUUAAAAUUAAUUGGAUUUCAAAUAGAUAAAACCGAUGGUUGGAGAAUUAGAUUAUUAACUGAAUUUUCACCAGUUAGUGAGACAUUAUAUGAUAUUCUUCCAACUGCAGAAUUCAUUAAUUGGGCUUUAGCAAGAACUUGGCUUAUUCAAUUAUUACCAGCUAUUGAAUAUCUUCAUAAUGCUGGAUUCAUUCACAAACUUAUAUGCCCCAUGACCAUAGUUAUAUUUCAAGAGAAGGAUCAAUUAUAUUAUCAAAAUUCAACUAAUGAAUUAUUAAGUCGUAAUAGUAUAGAUGGUGGAGAAGAUUCUUUAACUAUAAGUGCUAAGAAAGUUUUGAAAUUAUGUCAUCCUUCGUAUGGUUAUCGGUUAUUAGAGAUGCUUCUGUUGCAUCCAAAUGUGGGUGAAACAUUAGAUCGAUGUCCACAAGUAAAUCCACCAGCAUGGUUAGCACCAGAAUUGAAGUCUUCUGGGUAUCAUUACAAGUCAGAUAUUUGGGAUUUAGGUGUACUUUUCUUAAGAGUAAUGUUGGGUUUUGAUAUCUUAAACACUACCUACCAUACCCCAACUGAUUUUAUAAAUAAAUUUUCAAUUAAAGAUUUUGUUGGUGCCGAAGAUUAUGCUUUAUUGGUAUAUGAUGUAUUAUCGAAAAUGUUACAAGUUAAAUUAUCAAAACGACCAUCUCCUUUAGAAUUAAAUGCCGUCAAAUUUUUGAGAGAUGGUCCUAUAAUUUCAAAGUUGCAAUCAGAAACAAACUUGUCACGAAUGAAAAAGAAUAUUGAAACUGAUUUGUUACCAUCUAACGCAAGACGCGUUCAAAUACGAGGAGGUCAUGAACAAGAAUUACCCACAAAACAUUUAAAUGUACAUCAAAAUAUCUCACGUAGACGAUUGUCUAACCAGAAUACGCAACAUCCAUAUUUUGGUGAGAAUUCCAGUCUUAUUAUGCCAUCAGGAUCUCAACGUAAUAUGGGGAGAUAUGCCAGGGAUUUUGAGGAAAUUGGAAAAUUGGGUCGUGGUGGGUUUGGUGAAGUUGUUAAAGCUAGAAGUAGAAUGGAAGGGAUUUUUUAUGCUGUUAAAAAAAUCAAACAUCGAGCUGAUAAGUUGGAUUCUUUAUUAAGUGAAGUUUUAUCUUUAGCUCGAUUGAAUCAUCAGUAUAUUGUUCGAUACUAUGGUACUUGGGUUGAGGAAUUAGAAGAUACAUCAACUAUUCCCUCUAAUAGUACUACAGCCAUUGCAAGCGAUGAUGAGGAAGAACAAGAAGACUUUGAUGAUGAUGAUGAUGAUGAUGAGGAUCUUGAACUGACAUUUUCAAGUAGACUUGGUCGUUCAUCUUCGGUAUUACCUAGUUAUGAUAACUCAUUUCAGGUCGAUUAUAUUUCAACGUCUUUUGAUCCCAGGAUAGAAUUUGAUGAAAGUUCUGAAGACGAAGAGGAGAAUGACAAUGAAGAUGAUGACCCAUUUGUAUUUGCAAAUUCAACUGAUGAUAUAUCAAACAAUGAAACAGAAGAAUGUUCCAAUAGUGAUUCGAAAGAUACUUCCAAUAAAAAACCAAAAGAGAUUAUUAACAGUUCCAAAAAUGUAUCACCAAAAUCAAUAUUAUAUAUACAAAUGGAAUUUUGUGAAAAUAAUACCCUUCUUAACCUUAUUGAACAAGGGUUGCCUAAUAAUCCUGAUGAAUACUGGAGACUUUUCCGACAAUUACUUGAAGCAGUUUCAUACAUUCAUCGAGAAGGAUUCAUUCAUCGUGAUUUAAAACCAAUGAAUAUUUUUAUUGAUAAAUCCAACAAUAUCAAAGUUGGAGAUUUUGGAUUAGCUAAAAACUCACAAUUUUCUUCUGUUGUUCUGACGAAUAAUCAAGUAGAAGCUAAAGAUAAUGAGUUAUCUACUGUAGUGGGGACAUUAUUUUAUACUGCCAAUGAAGUAGCCACUGGUCAAUAUGAUGAAAAAGUUGAUAUGUAUUCACUUGGAAUAAUUUUUUUUGAAAUGUGUUAUCCACUUUCUACCGGUAUGCAAAGAGCUAAAACAUUGAAUGAUUUACGUUUAAAAUCAGUUGAAUUCCCUACGAAUUUUAUUGCUAGUAAAUAUAAAACUGAAAAGAAAAUUAUUCGAUUAUUAUUAGAUCAUGAUCCUAAAAUUCGUCCUAGUGCAGCCCAACUUUUACAAAGUGGUUGGUUACCAGUGGAACAUCAAGAUCAAGUGAUUCAAGAAGCAUUGAAAUCUUUAGCUGAUCCAGCUUCUCCUUGGCAACAACAAGUUCGUGAAGCAUUGUUUAAUCAACCAUAUCUGCUUGCUAAAGAUUUAAUGUUUGAUAAUCAAAGUGAACAUAAUGUCACAAAUAAACAUGUUGAAUUGAAUACUUCGAGUGAUUAUUUAUUGUUUGAUAAAAUAAUGAAAGAAUUAGUUAAAAUUUUUAUUAAUCAUGGAGCAAUUGAGAAUUUGAAUACAAAUUUAGUUUUACCCAAGGCACCUUCACAAUCAAGAGAAUUAGUUUAUGAUUUUUUGGAUAGAAGUGGAGCUGUUUUAACAUUACCUUAUGAUUUGACUUUACCAACAGCAAGAUUUUUGAGUAAAACCGAUUUGACAAUUCCUAAAACUUAUCGACAUGAAUUUGUUUAUCGUCCUAAUGUUCGAGGUAUUGGUAUUCCAGAUCGUUAUAGUGCAGUUAAUUUUGAUAUAGCUGGUGGACUGGAACUUAAUAAGGCAACACUUUUCGCUCAUGAUGCUGAAUGUUUGAAAGUGAUUGAUGAAAUUGUUAAUACUUUGCCAUGUUUCAAAAAUACCAUUAUUGUCAUCAAUCAUUAUGAUAUAUUGGAUGCUGUCGUUUCAUUUUCUUUUGGUAAUGUUGGCAUUGAUGAAAAGAAAAAAUUAGAUAUAUUUGGAGUUUUAUCACAAUUAGGAAUUGAUAAAUCACCCGAUGAAAUAAAACGGUAUUUACGAGAAGAUUUUCAAGUCCCUCAUACAGUAACAAAAGAUCUUGUUGAAAAUUUUAAUGUUACAUGUGAAGUAGAAAAGGCAAGACAAAAAUUACAAAAAUUAAUGGUUGAUUCUCCACAACUUUUAAAAGUUGAACGAGCUUAUACUUAUUUAAUUGAAGUGGUUAAAAUUUUGAAACAAAUGAAUAUUAAAACAUCAAUGAUUUUUAACCCUUUGAGUAAUUAUAAUAGUAAAUAUUAUAUCCAUGGUAUAAUGUUCCAAGCAGUUUUCAAACCCGAUAGAUCUAAACGAUAUACUAGAGUUGUUACUGGAGGUCGUUAUGAUUCAUUAAUCGGCUCCUUUUCAAAUGUCACAACCAAACAAAUCACCCCACAUGGUGUAGGAUUUUCAUUGACUACCAGUUUAGUUUUCAUUCUUAUGAAAACAUUAAUUUCUAGAGGUAAAUCAAAAUUGGAUUUGGUGAAUAAAUGGAAGGGGAAUCGAUGUAAAGUGCUUAUAAGUUCUACACAACAACAAUUUUUAAAUCAAGUUGGAUAUCAAUUGGUUUCUAAAUUUUGGAAUAAGAAUAUAAGUGCUGAUAUAACAUCGGUUGCGGCAAAGACUCAAGAUGAAAUAUUGCAAAAUGGAAAUGCAGAAGGUGCUAUAUGGAUUGUUAUUAUAAGACUGUUACCUAUAAUUGGCAAUUCACUUCCAUCAAUAAGUGGUGCUAGUGCCCUUGGAAGCAUUAGAAGAAGUAAAAAAUCUGGAUCUGGUUUUAAACCUUUGAAAUUGAAAAAUAUAGUUACUGGUAAAGAAAUUGAUUUAGAUUAUGAUGAAGUGAUAGAUUAUUUGGUGACUGAUUUGUUGUCUGAAGAGACAGAACAUGAAGAAAAUGAUCAAGAUAAUGGUAACAAUAUAUUAACAAACUCCGCAUUAUCAUCAUCAUCAUUAUCAGCAUUACCUUCUUCUUCUAAAACAAUUCAAGAAGAAGAAUUAAAUGGACCAAUUGAUUCUGUUGAAAUAGAUCAAAAAAUAAUUGUUGUUAGGAAUGAUGCCCCUCGAGGUAGGAAAAAUAAACGAGAUAAAUGGGAAUCAGAAAAUGAUGCCAAAUUAACUGGACAACAAUGUAUUAAACAUUUAAGUUCUGGACCAGUUGUUGUUAUUGAUGCUAGAGAUGAAAUUUUAGAUAUGAUUAGUAUUACUUCAAUUCAUCAACAAGAUGAAUGGAUUAGAAAAGUGGUAUAUACAACCAAUAAUUUCCCUAAAAGUUUUGCCAUGAAUAUUUAUAAUACUUUGAUUAAAGAAUUUAAUAAAGGUUCAAUAUGGUGUAUAUUAGUAUCUUCAAGAACCCAACAUACAACUAUUGUUGAUUUACGUCGUCGCUAG